UGACCCGCGACUUUAUAUGUUGUAGAAAGUACAGCGGCGCUGCGAGUCUGUUGCCGAUGUCCGAUAGCGGCGGUACCGAGUGGUAGACUUUGCUAGUAGUACGACUCGAUAUAUUUCUUCGGCGUUAUAGUAAUCCCGCGAUAUUUUGGAAGAUUUCUAACAGAAAACUUUGUUCUUAUUAACUGUUCUUUGAAGGGAUUAAUUCCCUAGAGUGCUACAAAGUUUUAUUUAAUAAAAAACGAACUUUUAAAAAAGACUAUUAUUUAAGAUGAAGACCUGGACGCUGAUUGGACUUAUAUCUUGUACUUUAUUGGCUUUUGCUAUUGCAGAAAAUAAUGAUAAAGAAUCUGUAAUUUCCCGUGCUGCAGAUGACGAUUCAGACAUGUAUAUGGAACCAUUAGAGGAUCACGAAGGUGCCUCAUCCAGCUAUCAACCACAAGACAGUAGUGAGCAAUGGUUUCCAUCUUUUGCCCGAUCGUAUGAGACGUAUGAUCACCAACCGUCAGGCCAUUCCAGACCAUUCGUCUACAAUACGUACCCACAGCAAGAAGGCGCAUAUAGUCAGAGAAAUGACCCAGCCUUCCAACAGAACGUCCGUUUUAACCCAGAAGGCAAGUACGCCACCUAUAACAAGGGUCUCAAAGCCAAAGAGGAACCAGCAACUCAAGCGUCGAACGACAAGUUGGCAUCUUUGUUAGGUGAUGGCAAUUUUGGAGUUAUUCAGGGCGGUACAUUCUACGCUGAGAAAAGCAACUACGACAGCGAAAAUGGCUUUGACGACUUUAGUUCGUAUUUCCGCAACGGUCACGGACGUCCAUCUUAUUUCUACCCAAGUAAUCCCAAAGCAGGUCAACAUGCACAAUUCGAGAACUUCAAAGACUUUGCCGAUAUCAAUACUACACCAGAUCGUCAAUACUCGCAAUAUGUUGUGGUAUACAUGAAUAAAAACGGUACUAGAACAAGUACCCUCGCUAAGGCUGAAAAUCCCACUGAAAACAACGAACAACCUCCUCAAGAAAAAAUAAAUAUAUCAAAAGAUGUAAACAGUCGACCAAGAAAUAUUCUGGAAAGGCUUGCAAUGCUGGAUAAUGACAGUACUCAACAGAAAAUAAUAGUACCAAGUUACGAUCAAGGAGACGUUAUUGAAAUUCCACCCGAGAAGAAAAUUUCCAAAUCAAAAAGAAAAUUAGCUAAGCUAUUACCAGAAAAGAAACACAAAGCCAGGUUACUACAGAAAGAGAAAGACAUGGGAGAAACACUUUUAGCCCUGAGUUGAUCAUUUUCUUUUUCAGUAGGGACUAAAUUAAAAUAAUGAUGCCAAAAAUAGGCAUUUGAACAUCCUAUUCUCAGGAUUACUAAGCAAUAAAUCAUUGCUAAAAUGGCGAUUACCUAGGAAGUAACAUUUCAUUCAGCCCGUAAUACUGUCAUUCACAAAUAUUGUAAUUUCGUGUUUUCCAUGUUCCUAUAUUUUUUGUUACAGAGUUCCAAACAUAUAGCUCAAAAAGUAAAUAGCGCCAAUAACGGAAAUCUUUAUGUGUAAAGAAUAGAUUUUUUUAUUAUUUUAAUUAUUUUUUCUUUAAACUAAAUAGGUGUUAUACUUGACUGAUAGUUUAGAAUAUAAGAUAUGUCUUAAGUUUAAUGAUAACAUUAAAGAUCUAUUAAUUUCAUCGUUUAUAUUAUAGUAAAUAUUAUUCUUAAUUAUAUAAAUAAUAAUUUUAUUUUCUUUAAAAAAUAAACAUUUCACGUAAAAUGCAAACGCUAAAUGAAACAAGGAUUUUAGCCAGUGUUAUAAUUAGUGUUAUACCUAGAAUCAUAAGUAAGUAAAGUAAUAGUAAGGUAAAAAACAGGAGUAAACAAUACGUAAUAAAAUAGUUGUUAUAAUAAACAGCAAGCAUAUUUUAUACUGAUAAUGUAUACCUAUUGGUAGAAAUACAAGUUUAAGAAAUAUAAAAAUAUUGAAAUUAUAAAAUUUUAAACUUGCUAAGAAGCACAGCUUAUUCAUUGAUCAGCCAGUCGACUUACGAUCACUAUAUAACGUUGUGUUUCUACCUAGAUAUACAGGGUGGUCUGAACUGUAUUCCGGAGCAUAAUCUGCAGAUAAAAAUAAGUAAAAAAGUUAUUAAU